AUGUCAUCUUCAGAAGACUCCUCGGAUGAGGAGAGACAUGAGCAGACACGCCCGGUCCAUCCUCUCCACAUCCCCGCUAACAACUACGCAACGGCUUACAAGUCUACCUGGACUCUGCCCAACUCGGGCAUGUUGGAACCAGAGGAUAUCGCACUCCUUCAGCACGUCAACUGCUCCUAUCUCUCGUCCGGGCGCGCUCCCACUCUGCUGGCUCUCAAGCAGCAUGCCCAGUGCCUCACCAACCUCAUCCGAAAGCUCGCUCCGACACUUAGCGGAUGCGCCUUGGACAUCUUUGGGGAGGAGCAAGAUGACUAUGGCGGGUUCAAGGAUCAGGCCUUUGACUGGUUGGCUUACCUCGACAAACCCUACGAAAACGAUGACGUCUCGCAUCAUGAACCCCUCUGGGCUCUUGCAAAUACUGUCAAGGAGCAGUCUGAGAUGAAUGGCAUCGUCCAUCACUGUCCUCUGACUAGAGUUCCUGACACUGGCUCUUCAGCCAAGCAGGGGGCUACCCGUCGUCCAUACAUGACGCACCAUGACCUUGUCAUGCACGCCAACGAGUGUCUUGAGAUUCUUGACCACGAGUACUCCUCUACCGGUGGUCUCAUGUCUCUCCUUCCCACCGGCGUAGAAGGCGACACAGACGAAGAUCGGGUCCAUUUCACGGCCGAUGAGCUCGCCGGCGCUCGUAACACUCUUCUUGGCCAGUGGCUUCUUCACCACCAGCAUCUCGUCGGUCGAAUGCACGAACUUGAGAUCAGCUACGCCAACACCCUUGAUAUUCUUGGCAAUGAGGCUGAGGUCCCGCUGCAGCUGAUGAGUCGCGGCGGCGUCGACGGCAUCUCAGGGGGUCGAGAGGUCGCAUACCCGCAAGACAAGUUCGUUCUGGCCAAUAUUGGCGACGAUAUCAUGGGAUACAUCCACCGGAUGAUAGACGUGGCCGAGGCCCAGAUCGAGCAGAAGGAAAAGAUCUGGAGGGCCAGCGGUGUUAGCGGCGAGCGCAUGUGGAUGGAAGAAAGAGGAGGCAAAGUCUACGCCAGGGGCAUCGUGCCCGUCGACCUUCUGACUCGCUUCUACCGCAUCAAAGGCAAAGGUCACAAGUCUCCCCUCUUUGUGAUCCCAGCCGCCGAACAGCACCCGGGCGUCCAGCAGACUCGGCGCAUCGAGGAGCGCCCGACCCUCGUUUCCGUUGUGACGCCGACCUGGCCUGAGCGCGUGUCCGAGUGGGAGACCAAGCAGAAAGCCAAAUUGGAGGAGGCGUCACAGAUGGACGCGCAGAACCAGGUUCUCAUACGCGACAGAGUCGAACUGCAGGACAUGCUGGCCGUCAAGGAUGCUGAGCUGCGUCGACAGAGGCUCGAGCUGUCGUUUCACGAGAUGCGGCUUUCUGAGGACGAGGCCGAGGUUAGAAAGGCUCUCUACUCGCAGAUCACGGCAUAUGAGGAGAAGAUGGCAGAACUAAGAUCUGUGUUGCCGAGCAAGUAUCACAGUCUGUUGGAUGUGGACACGGAGCUGAGAGAGGAGACUUAG